AUGGGCUCGCUGAGCGGUAUCCCACCACCCCCUGUCCGGCGCUGGUGCUUCUCUGGGAACUGGGGACCACUGGGGGCGGUUGGGACCAUUCCCAUCGCCAGCUUCAGUGCGGCCCGUCCCGGCUCGGUGGAGGUGGCAGCUCGGUGGAGGGUUCUCUCCUUGCUGAGGCAACGCCAGUCCAUGUUUGGGGACGCUGGGUCGCAGCCGAAGGAGGAACCGCUUGAACUCGGAAGGCAGCAAAAGGCUGGAGUUAGCGGAGGCGGGAGAUCACCCGUUUGGGAGAGGGAUGCGGAGGUGCGGAGCCCAGAGGAGGCGUAUCCGUGGUCUCACCCCGGUGGCCUCUCAAGACAGGGUCCCAUCCUGCCUGGGGAGGGUGAAGCCCGCCCAGACUUGCACUCCAGAGCCGAGUCCGCUCCCGGCCCCUGGAAGCUCUGCUUGUCCCGUUGGGAGGGAAGGAGAGGCUCCUCGGGGCCAUCAAAUAGCGAAGGGGCGGGCAAAGUCAGCCUCUUGAAGAAAGUACCAGCACUAAAGGACGGAGACUUCACCCUAGCAGAAUGCACUGCCAUUCUGCUGUAUCUGAGUCGAAAGUACAACACUCCCGACCACUGGUACCCAUCAGACAUAAAAAAACGGGCCCAGGUAGAUGAAUACCUGUCAUGGCAUCAUGCUAACAUCCGGGCUAAUGCUCCUAAGACCAUGUGGAUCAAGGUGCUGAUUCCCCUCUUCACAGGGCAGCCACUGCCGUCGGAGAAGCUCCAGGAGGUUAUGGAGGGGCUUUCCACUUCCCUGAAGCAAUUUGAGGAGAGGUUUCUGCAGGACAAGGCUUUUAUCAUCGGGAGUGAGAUCUCUCUGGCGGAUCUCGUGGCCAUUGUGGAGCUGAUGCAACCUGUUGGAGUUGGUUGCGACAUCUUUGAAGACAGACCAAGGCUGAUGGAGUGGCGCAGGCGGGUGGAGGAUGCUGUGGGAAAAGAGCUUUUCUUCCAAGCCCAUGAGAUGAUCCUCAAUAUCAAAGAACUGAGCAACAUUCAAAUUGAUCCACAGCUGAAGGAGCACCUGGCACCUGUGUUGAUGAAGAUGUUGAAAUGAAUUAACCUAUCUUAUAAUUUUUCCUGCCUUUUUUUUUUUUUAACUUCUUCUCUGACGUCCAGUUCUACACGUAACUGGAAAGAGCACUGUAAUUCUAACAUGGAAAUUGCAGAGCAUGUCCCCCCGGCCCCUUUCCUGUAUCCUGGGGGUGGAAGCUGGGGAAGGUUUAAUACCUGAAACAUU